UCCACGACGCGAGCAGUACAUUUGCCAAAGAAACGUCGGCAGGAUCACAUCCAUCGGUGCGGUUGUUAAACCAGUGAAAAUAGAAAAAUAAAAAAUAUUUCGUGAUUUAUGUAUCGUAAGAAACCAAACCAAUUUUUUUAAAGCAAAAUGGCAUCACUAAAUUACUAUCCAGAAUAUAUAAACGCAAACAACGCUACGAUGGCCCAACAACAGACCUACGCAUACGCUAGUUAUUACAACAAUAAUUUAUCAUAUCACGAAUUAAAUGCUAAUAACAGUUUUAUGCAUAAUCGAAAUGCUCAUGCACAUGCUCUGUUUGCAAAUCAGCAAAAUUUCGAACAAUACAAGCGAGUUGAAUCAAAAGUGCCAGAAAGUGUAUAUCAAAAUAUCGAAGGAAACUACAAUAAAACAAUGUUUGAAUCUUGUGCACAAAGUGAUAACUUUAAAAACAAUUCUAGUCUGGAGAGUUUAAACACACCAACAACUCUCGUCCACACUAUAAAAAAAGAAGCAAGAAAGAGCUGCGCUGUUGGAAAUACGAAAACCAUCUCCGAGGAAGCCAUCUGUACACAAGCAGGAAAACGAAAAUUUCCCGAGUCCAAAGAAAUAAAGGAAGAGCAAAGUCAUUUACGCGCGUUGCUUACCCAUCCUGUCAAGAAAUUAAAGUACAAUCCAGAUUACUACAAAUCAACAACGGAAAAAAUAGGUUCGCCGGAAAACCAGACAUUAAAUAACACUGCAAAUAACGUAAACAGCGAUUUUGAAAACAUGGCGACGUUCGCCGUUAAUAGUCAACCGAUUUUCGGGCAGGAUGCUGCCCAUAACAUUAGAGGUAUAUCGACACCAUCCACUCUUAGUACACUACCAUCGCCGGGUAGCAACGGAAUGAGCUGUAUGGAAGAAUAUUCUCCACAAUCUAUGAGACGAUUCAACCACAGUAAAAGCAGCGAUUUCAUAACACCGCCACCAUCGAAUGAUUCUACAACUUCAACCGGUGUAGUAACAGAGCCGCCAUUGCUGCCGAUACCAACACUGAAAGCCACUGAACCAAUAAUAACCGAACCUCUUACAAAGGCAACGAAUGCACCUCUUGGGGAUGCGAUUAGCACACCACCCUUGUCACCGUGUGAACAAGCUGUCAAUCAAAGUGGACAGGUUCAGCCAUUGUCAGUGCCAUUGACGGUAACUCAACACAAUAAGAUCAAUCAUAAAAUUUUGACAGACACUGUAGCAGAACUUAAUUGGUCGUCGUGCGAAGACAGCAUAUCAGAGAGUAAAGAAUCGAAACGUACCAGACAGACUUAUACACGCUACCAAACGUUACAACUCGAGAAAGAAUUCUAUACCACUCGUUAUAUUUCGCGUAGACGUCGCAUUGAAAUCGCAGAAGCAUUGUUACUCUCCGAACGCCAAAUUAAAAUUUGGUUCCAAAAUCGGCGUAUGAAAUCGAAAAAGGAACGUACAUUAGAACCACCGACGACAGACUACAAUGGUUUGGCAUCCUACUCAGCUUUAGAAGUAGCUAAUCCAACGAUCCAGUCGCCAUCGCAAGCUCCGUUUGUCUAUAUGAAUGGUCAGUCGCACAGUCCAGUAAUGACACCUUAUCCACAACCCUACAUGGUUAAUGGUCAGGCAUAUCCGCCAAAUUAUAUGAACGCUUAUCCAGCACAAAGCGCCCCACCACGUUGCGGCCAAAUGUUCGAUACACCCGCAGCGGGAAAACCGUUCUUCAACCAAAGCAAUCAUGAAAAUCAACAACAGUAUCCACAAGAGACGUCAUAUCGUUUGCCACAGCAGUACCCGGCGCAUGCCUAUCACCAACAACAGCACCAGCAGCAGCAACAACACCACCACCAUCACCACCACCACCUCCAGCAGUGUCAGUACCAACAACCGUCGAAUCAAACAUUGCCUCAACAACAACAACAACCACAUAAUUCACAUUCACAUCAGCAAAAUCAGCUGCAAAUGGCAAACGCAACAGCAGGAUCCUCGAUGUUGUGAUGACGAGUGGUGAUCCACAAUGCUCAAGCAGACUCACCAGUAUUUUACGGUGUGUGAGUGCGAUAACUGUCUUUGACACAUUACGGGCGACGAAAAACUGAAUAUGUGGGAAUACAGAGUCAACGACUACCUGCAGUGUCCCGCACCCAACGAAGUAGGGAACACUGUGUUGAAAUGGGCAAACAUACAUAUACAUGCAUAUUAUGAUUAGAAUGUGGAGUAAGAAACUGGUAAAGUGCAUUCAGACGGAGAAUGCAUGUAUUUAAAAACUGUUUGUGGCCACGGCCGUAUGUGUGACGACCGUGUCAAAAAGCAUAAUAUACAUAUGUAUGUCUAUUUAUUAUAUGUUUAAAUGUAUGUAUGGGUGCAUGUAUUAUUAUUAUUUAUUAGAAUAUAAAAAAAAAUACACUAACGUAUUUAGCGCACUAGCUGCUAAUUGUUACGUAUGUAUGUAUGUGUAUGUAAAAAUUAAAAUAAUAAAACUGUUUAUAAUAAAUAUUUAUUUAGAAUAUACUAAAGCUGGCACCUGUGAGACAGACACGCCUUCUGAAUACAGUAUGUAGUCAUACAAACUUAAAUUAUUAUUAGUAGAUAAUUACUACUAUUCUUAAAUAACUUAAUGUUAAAAUCAAAACAAACACAUGCUUUCACAUUAAACAAUUUUGAAAAAAA